CGUCCCCGCUCUGAAGGUGCGGGAGCUGAGCCACCGGUCAGUUGAGAAGCUGGCCUAAAGUUCUGCUCUUUGUAACUGUCACAGCUGUAGCAGAUGCUUUGAAGUGAUGAGGUUUUUGUUACUCUAUGCUACACAGAGAGGACAGGCAAAGGCCAUAGCCGAAGAAAUAAGUGAAAAAGCAGUUGCAUAUGGUUUUUCUGCAGAUCUUCACUGUAUUAGUGAGUCUCAUAAGUAUGAUCUGAAAACUGAAACAGCGCCUCUUGUGGUGGUGGUUUCUACCACGGGCGACGGAGACCUGCCAGAUACAGCCCGCAAGUUUGUUAAAGCCAUACAGGACAAGACACUGCCGGGUGACUUCUUUGCUCACCUGUGGUAUGGAUUACUAGGUCUGGGUGAUUCAGAAUACACGUACUUCUGUAAUGGGGGGAAGAUAAUUGAUAAACGAUUUCAAGAGCUUGGUGCCCAGCGUUUCUAUGACACUGGCCACGCGGAUGACUGUGUAGGUUUAGAACUUGUGGUUGAGCCAUGGAUUAAUGGACUCUGGGCCGCCCUGGCGAAGCAUUUUCUGUUGAGUAAAGGAAAAGAGGGGAUGAAUGGAACUCUCACAAUGGCAUCUAAUGCCUCCCGGAGGACAGACCCCGUGACACCGGAAUUACUACACGUUGAAUCACAGGUCGGACUUCUGAGAUUAGAUGAUUCCAGACGAAAGGAUGCUGAAGUUUUAGAGCAAAAUGCAGUGGACAGAGGUCAAUCGAAUACCUUGGUUGCAGACUUUGAGCCCUCGCUUGCCCGUUCAAUACCCCCGCUUUCACAGGCCUCUCUGAAUAUUCCUGCUUUACCACCAGAAUAUUUACAGGUGCAUCUGGAGGAGUCCUUCGGCCAGGAGGAAAGCCAAGCACCUGUGACCUCAGUGGAUCCAAUUUUUUACGUUCCAAUUUCAAAGGCAGUUCAACUGACUACGAAUGAUGCCAUAAAAACCACUCUUCUGAUAGAAUUGGACAUUUCAAAAACAGAUUUUUCCUACCAGCCUGGAGAUGCCUUUAACGUGAUCUGUCCCAACAGUGACGCAGAGGUACAGCACCUACUCCAAAGACUGCGGCUCACAGACAGGAGAGAACAUUGUGUCAUCUUGAACAUUAAGGCCGACACGAAGAAGAAAGGAGCAGCCUUGCCCCAGCAUAUACCUGAGAAGUGUUCUCUCCAGUUCCUUCUUACCUGGUGCCUUGAAAUACGAGCGGUUCCUAAGAAGGCGUUCUUGCGAGCCCUCGUGGACCACACUGGCGACGGCGCGGAGAAGCGACGGCUGCAGGAGCUGUGCAGCAGGCAGGGGGCGGCCGACUACAACCGCUUCGUCAGAGACUCCCGUGCCUGCCUUUCAGACCUCCUGCUGGCCUUUCCGUCCUGCCAGCCUCCGCUCAGCCUCCUGCUUGAACAUCUUCCUAAGCUCCAACCCAGACCAUAUUCAUGUGCAAGCUCGAGUCUGUUUCACCCAGGGAAGCUUCAUUUCAUUUUUAACAUCGUGGAGUUUGGGUCUGACACCACGGCGGUGGCUCUGCGGAAGGGCGUGUGCACGGGCUGGCUGGCCACGUUGGUUGAAUCGGUUCUUCAGCCGAACACACGUGCCUCCCGGGCAGACGGCGAGAAGGCCCUGGCGCCCGAGAUAUCCAUAUCUCCUCGGGCAACAAAUUUUUUCCAUUUACCAAAUGACCCCUCAGUCCCCAUCAUAAUGGUGGGUCCAGGAACCGGCAUAGCACCUUUCAUUGGCUUCCUGCAACAUAGAGAGAAACUGCAAGAACAUCACCCAGAUGGACACUUUGGAGCAAUGUGGUUGUUUUUUGGCUGCAGACAUAAGGAUAGGGAUUAUUUAUUCAGAGAGGAGCUCAGACAUUUCCUUAAGUGUGGAAUUCUCACUCACUUGAAAGUUUCCUUCUCAAGAGAUGCUCCUGUGGGGGAGGAAGAAGCCCCACCAAAGUAUGUGCAAGACAGCAUCCAGCGUCACAGCAAGCAGGUGGCAAGGGUCCUUCUUCAGGAGAAUGGUCAUGUUUACGUGUGUGGAGAUGCCAAGAAUAUGGCCAAGGAUGUAAAUGAUGUCCUUGUGGAGAUAAUAAGCAAAGAGGUUGGAGUUGAAAAACUAGAAGCAAUGAAGACAUUGGCUACUUUAAAAGAAGAAAAACGGUAUCUUCAGGAUAUUUGGUGAAAAAAUUGGAAAAUAAAGGAAGAGAAUUAAGCUUUUUGGCUGAAAGUACUAAAAGACAACUUUACUGAAGCUUGAGACUUCUGAUUUUUAAAAUUAAAAAUUUUUUUGACCAUUUCUUGGAGGAUGUCGGGGGGUGGCAUGGGGAGUGGACCUUUUCACAGUGUAGGAAGCUUUCAAUUCAGGUUCCCAUAUCUGCCCCCCCAACCCUCCCCAAACCGCCCUGAGCUGAAAAAGGCAGCCCGCACUCCUCCGCCAGCACCUCCCGGGGCGCCUCUCCCUCCGGGAGAGCUUCUGCAGGGACUGCAACCAGAUCACAGGGCAUCUCUAGCAGUACAUGUGAAGGCUUCUCAGUACGGGAUAUGGGCACGAGUGUCACCUGGGUAGAUAGUUAAAUCUUGUGAGCUAGUCACCGUUUCUUUUUAAAUAAUCUAAAAAUAAUUUAUAUUCUUAUGUAAAAUAUACGAUAAAAAUAUUCAUAUUAGCGCAUUAAAAUUACAUAUGUAUAGCGUAUCUGAUUAUAUGAUUAUAUAAUUUUAUCAAAUGUUUUUUUAUUACCAAAACUAUUUCUCAUAAAAAAAUAUUUUAAGGUAAUGCUUAUAGGGAUUUUUUUAUGCUAGAAAUCUGAAAUAUAUUUUGAAAUUCCA